UGUCGUGACGCGCUCUGCCGACGAUUUCGUCAGUCGUUGUGAGGACCUCGAACCGUACGUGUCGUGAAUCGUGUUUAUCUCCGGAUCGCUUCAACUGGUUUGUUCUAUUUAUUUUUCUUGUUCGUCUUCGCACGUUAUUCGUCGGUAAACGUGUAACGCGAUGUCGAAGUGGCGCGUUUUAAAUCGCGGUCGAAUUCGCGCCGCGAUCGGUAGUGACGUAGUUCCUAAUAAAACAAGAUCACUGUGACGUUAGUGUCGAAGAUUGAGAAUCGUUGAAUCGCGACACAGUUUAGGCGCGUUUUUGUUGCGCAGAAACUCGGAUGAAUUGACCGUUACAGAAAUUUAAACAGGUGUGUGCUGGAACAACUGAAGAUACAGGAAUCGAACGCAGAUAAUUUAAAGGGAAGAAAAUAAGGAGUCGACCAGCUGUGCGGUUGUGUAUCCCAGUGUCUUGUUUCGUAAUUCUGGAUCCAUCAGCGCUUGCAGAGAUCAUCCAGAGUUAUCUUCCUCUCAUCCUCGGUUGAAUCCUGAUUAGAUGGUCCCUUUAUCCAAGCUGGCAAUACAAGCUCCGUGAAGGACCACUCAGAGAAAUGAGCGCAGCCGUUGAAAACGGCGUGGAGGCCUCGAAGCCACGGGGCGUUUUCUCGAGGGCAUUCGCUAAACGGGCGCAGCCCUUCGAGGAAGCUCUAACAACCUUAAAUCGUUUAAACAAAGAAGGUGAAGCACUUGCCCUUCAGGAUGAUCUCACAACGCACCCCACCUUGGCUUUGAUGCGACGCAUCCUCGCAGAUGCACAGGCAAAAUUUCGCGUGAUGGUGGAGGAGAACGCAGCGACGGGCGCCCGGCUGGACGGGGAGCUGGAACGAGCUAGGGGCGAGUGCGCCGUGCUCCGUGGCGAGUUAAGGGAUGUUCGCGGCGCUUUACCGGUCGUGUUGAACAACAACAACGGGGCGGCUAGCAACCUAGCUGCCGGCAACAGCAACAACAAUCCGACCGGAAACGCGACCGCCAGUCCCGGACAGGAAAGUAGCAACGAGCUACAGCAGCAACAGUCGCAAGAUGAUGGAAAGAGACUGAGCGCCGGUAGCAGCCCCGUCGAUAAGCGAAGCUCGGCCAGCGAUAAAUCGGCCAGUCCUAUAGAAAAAAGGAGCAGUCCUGUGGAUAGGAAGGACAGAAGCAGCCCUAUCGAUCGACGCGGCAGCCCCAUAGAGAAACGGAAUGGUUCACCGAGUCGCAGCCCGAGCGAGAAGGCGCGACGAGCUUACGCUCCAGUUUUGGAGAAGACGCGGCUGGCCGGUUCCGGCGGAAGCGUGGAUUCCCGAUCGGGAAGCGCGAGCCCGGAUCGAGGAUGCGGCAACAGAAGCUUCUUUCAUCGAGGCGGGAGCGAUCGAUCCAGCGUGGAGAGACUUCGAAUAUCGACGAACCGCGAUUCUCUUCGAUCUAGCAAGGAAAUGAACGAUCACGAGAAGGACAGCGACAAGGAUCUCGUGGACGGCGAGGUACGAGCCGAGGAGGACAAUGAACCACCUGGACCAGCCCCGGGCAGCAGACCCUCGUCGCCGGCUAAUUCUCUGGGAAUCGGUGAUCCAUUGGUGGCAUCGAGGCUAUCAAACAUUCAUGGCGGAGGAGGUAGUACAGGAUCGGUGGAAUUAGCUAGCACAAGGAGACUUCGACUGGAGAACGAACGCCUGGUAGCUGAGGUAGCGAGAUUGAGAAGAUUGUUAUUCACCGGAGCGGGACGCGGAGAAGUCGGCUCGGAGGAUGCUGCCCUGGAAGAGGAGGCUCGAUUCGUUGCACUCGAAAUGGAACUGCAACACGCCAAAGAAGCUCUGCAAGCCCUGAAGGCUGAUCGUAAGAGGCUGAAAGCUGAAAAGUUCGAUCUUCUUAAUCAAAUGAAGGCACUUUACGGCACCCUCGAGGACAAAGAAAGAGAACUUCGAGACUUUAUAAGAAACUACGAACAGCGGAUGCGGGAGAACGAGGCGACGUUAGGACGCCUUCAGCAGCAAGGAUCCGGCAUACCUUCGGAGGAACGUGAACGGGAGAGAGAAAGGGAACGUUGGAGUCUUUUAAGGGCGGCAAGGGACGAAGCGGAUCGAAGCCUCAGCCUGGCGGCUAGUUUGGCCGACAAAGAGGCCGCCCUUUCGCACGCACACGCGACGAUUAAAGAGUUGCAGCGUCAAUUGGCGGAAAGAGGCGGAGGCGGUGGUAUCUGCUUGAGCGACCAGGAAUCCUUGGUCUCGUUCCCGAGGGGUAGCGUGAACGGGGCGGCAACACCGGGAGCCGGAAGCAGCAGCGGCGGUGGCGGCUGCGGUAUCAUCCCUCAUAUGAAUUCUCAACCACCGUUAGGAAGCACCGAGCUAGGAGUGACCGUUGGGAACGUAGGGAAUGCGGCAGGUGUUGGUUCCUCCGGUGGUCAGGCUGGCGAUCGAGGAAGUUGCAGCGCGGAUAGCGGUGUUCGUGGAUCCAGUGACCGAGAAAGCGGUGGCGCCACGAGCGUGGGUGGAAAUCUUUCCGAUUCGACCACCGAUGGUAAGAAAAGCACACCGACAAUUACAGUCGAGGGAAGCGGUCUCGACAUGGACAGCAUCUCCGUGGUUUCCUCCAUUGCACCAUCCCACAUAUACCAGUCAGCGACUACACCGAAAGAUUGCAGCCCGACGUUGUCGCCUCUGAACGCGUUCUCCAGGUCCAUGGACAACUCCUCGUUAUCGCGAUCCGUCGAGCAGUUGUCGAGCCCGUUGGAAUCCGAACCGAGAAGAAACAAGCAGAGUACACCUGUCGCUGCACCUGCUGCGCACUCGCGAUCCUCUGCAACUCGGGGAGGCACUUGGGGCUCUAUUUCUAGAGUAUUCGCGCGUUCGCGGCAUCGAAAGGCGGCCAACAACUCGAGCGGAGGAAGCGGAAGCAACGAAGGUUCGGAUGGUUUCGAUCCUUACCGGUCGUGGUCGCCUCUCACGGAAGAAGGCUACGCCGAGAAGCUUCGUUUGCUCAGAGAAGCCGCAUCCGUGCCUAUGGAACGAUGGAGAGCACCAACCGUGCUCGCCUGGUUGGAGGUUGCUCUUGGAAUGCCGCAAUACGGGCCUCGAUGCGCUGAAAAUAUUAAAUCCGGCAAAGUCUUGCUGGAACUGAACGACCAAGAAUUAGAAGCUGGUCUAGGUGUGACACACCCCCUACACAGGAAGAAACUACGUUUAGCCAUAGAAGAACACAGACAUCCGAGUCUUGUUCGAUAUCCCUGUAUUGCUCAACUGGGUCAUACUUGGGUUAGCUCCGAAUGGUUACCCGAUCUUGGUCUCGCUCAGUAUUCCGAAAGUUUCGCCACCAACAUGGUGGACGCGAGGAUGCUCGAUCAUCUGAGCAAAAAAGAGUUGGAGAAGUUGCUCGGGGUGACUAGAAAGUUUCACCAGGCCAGCAUCGUGCACGGCAUUCAUCUGUUGCGGAUGCUCAACUAUGAUCGUCAAGCACUCGCGAUAAGAAGACAUCAGUGCGAACAGGUCGACACGGAUCCGCUGGUUUGGACGAAUCAGAGGUUCAUUCGGUGGGCAAGGAACAUUGAUCUAACGGAAUACGCGGAGAACUUGAAAGAUUCAGGCGUACACGGUGCUCUCGUCGUGCUGGAACCAUCAUUCACCGGUGACACGAUGGCCACAGCCCUGGGCAUACCACCUGCGAAACACAUGAUCAGACGACACCUGACUGCCGAAUUGGAAGCUCUCGUCGUUCCAGCAAGUUUCUAGAAUCAGUCAAUUUAAAUGCAAACAAGAAACAAAAAGAUAGAAUCAGUUCAUUACGACAAACUGACAUUGGACAUCAUACAUAUCAUAAGAGACCUUAGCUAAUCCAACUAGGAGACGAGGACCGAAACGAUUAACAAUGCAGAAAACGCAUGAUGAGAUAGAUAAAUACUACAAAGAGGUAACUGUGCAUGCUGGCUCGAGUAAAUCUCGUCUGUGAAACGGGGAUGGAACAGGUUUCGAUACCGUCGAGGUUUGCUCGAUGUUGGUUUAGUAUGUAAGUACUCAUCCGUAAUACACACGCCAUACUUGGAUAUAUCGGGAAUACACACACGUAUAUACAGUACAGUACAGUCUCGACAUAAUGUACAUAUACAAACAUGCAGUAUACUCGAUGAAAUUUAUUAUUAUUAUUACUAUUAAUUAUUAAAACAUUGUACUCGGCACCGCAGCGAUUCGCUGGGUCUGCAGUCCACUCGAUCGCGGAUCCAUCGGUAAUGUCUCUCAUAGCUGAGCCGUAGCCCACAGCUGCCGCCUGCACUGCACUGCGCUAUGUACAGCACACGUUAAUAUUAGUAAUUCUGGUGUAAUCCGUGAUCUUUUUGUUUAAACAAAUAGAUCAAAUGACAGAGAUUUCUUAUAUCAAAUAUCUCUUUGACACUAAAAUAGGAAAGUAAAUAUCUUUGUAUAGUAUCAUCUGCUGUAUUGUAUAAAAUUAGAAAAUUGAUUAAUUUCUUUGACAUUCUUUAUGCAAUGAUAGAAUAUUCAUUUCUUUCUAUAUAGAAAACAUAGGGAGAGUGUAAUUGUAAUGGAACCACGGAUCACACCAGCGUGCAUUAUGGAUUCCUUUCAUCUUUUUCUGAUUUGCCAACUUUGAUAUUUACAUUUUUUGAUUGUUCGGUGUUUAAUCCAAUUGAUUGAACAGCCUUGUUCGAUGCGUCUCGGUCGAUCCACCCUGGAUCUACCCUGGGCAUCUUUGGCGUUCAGUAAAUCAUUAUUAUUAUACAUUCUUCUAUAUCGAUGGUGCACAAAAUGCUUGUGUAUGUAUAUUUAUGUUGUAACUAGAUAUUCAUUAUGAUACAUCUCGUUCUAUCGUCGAGCACUUGCAGCGAGCCACUGUUUAAUUAAUUUAUCAUUAAUUAAUUUUCAAAUUAUUCCAUUCGCACAGAACAUUCUGCACUUAUCAAUCUUCUCCCCUAUAAAGUUAACAAGAGAAAAUUAAUAUAUUUCAAUUCCAUUGUCAAAAUACUGUUCUGGAAUCCAUAUAUGGACACAUUCUUUAUUUUUAUUGUAAGGCACAGACCUUAGUCUCACAUGAAGUAAGUUUAAUUAAAAAAAAUAGGAGAGGUUCGCUGCAAAACGUGCCGAACGUGUGUGUGUCCGCGGUGUCACCAAGGUGUGUGGAUAUAAACGGUCAGGAUGAGUGUAGGUCAGGAAAGGCGUGCAUGUAGCGUGGUGUGCGUGUGUGUAGAGGUCAGCUGGAGGUGGUCCCGAGGAACAGCACAGC